AACUGUGCAGUGCUUUGCAAAACGAUAUGCUGCGCAGCAUAUUUAGGCAGUCGGUAUAGCCUUUUCUGAGCAUCAUAGGGUACUGUCACACAAAUAUUGUGUGUUUGUAGAAUGAGUGACAUGGAGUCAAGUGAACGAGAUGCUAUCGACUGGGGAACAAAAUUAGCAAGUGAGCACCGAGUGUUAGAUAACCUCAAAAGCUGGCCCGAGACAUUGCUGAUGAAUGUCCACGUUGGCUUGCCACAGCCUCUCCCAGUUGAUGCCAAGUGCUCGUUGGCGUCCGGCGAGUGUUUUUACUUCCACUACGGCUGCGAUGGACACGAUGACCGGGGCUGGGGCUGCGGCUACCGCACGGUGCAGACGCUGUGUUCCUGGCUCUGCAGGAGCUGGUCACCUCCGAAGGGGAGCUGCAGAUCCCCGCCGAGUCUUCCUGACAUUCAGCGAGCUCUGGUCACAAUGGGUGACAAACCUGCCACCUUCUCCGGGUCCCGUGAGUGGAUAGGUACGUUCGAGGCAUCUUUGAUGAUGGACUAUUUCUAUGAUGUGGCCUGUCGUAUCGUCCACGUACCGGGUGGGGGCUCGCAGUUGGAAGACGCAGCACAAGACCUCCACCAGCACUUUAGCACCCACGGUUCACCUGUCAUGAUGGGUGGGGAUAGGGACAAUUCUUCUAAGGGUAUUUUGGGAGUAUGCACCGGGACACAGGGGAGCUACUUGCUUGUUAUGGACCCCCAUUACUAUGGACCUCCGCUUGACAGGGAAGAGAUGCAGAGGGGAGGAUGGGUGUCGUGGAAGAAAGUGAGCUCUCUGGAUCGCAGUUCAUUUUACAAUCUCUGCCUUCCUCAGACGGCAGCAAAGUGAGCUCUGCUACCCCUUGAACUGCUAAUAGGCUUAAAUGGGCCUCAGGGUCCAGGUACAGUCUUGAAUCCCCCCUACUCGUUAGUAUAGCUGUCUAGUUGAGAGGGAAGCUUGAGGUUGUCUCCAUCUUGUGGUCAAAUUAGGAUAUAACUAAGUGCAGUUCUUAAACAUUAUCUGAUGACUGCAGAAAGACCGCAGACUGAAACGUAUUUGGCAUGGACUAUAUUUUUUUUGCAAUGGUAAAAAAACAUCAAGAAGGAUCCGGACUGAGUUGGAAGCACGCCAUGUUCAACGCCUUUAUUUAUGAUUACAGUAGUAAUGACAUUUGAAACCACACAUCUUUGGAAUGGGGAAAAAAAUAGAUGACAUGCUUUACUCAAAAUGAGACUGUUUGCAGGUGCUUAUUAACAAUGUUCCACCAGUAAGCAUGCUAAAUAACAAUUGCCUAAAGCAUGCAAGUGGCAGCAUUGUCCUGAAACAUAAUACAAUCUCUAAUGACUACGAUGACCUACAUUCAAUACAGUAUAGUUCACCACACACACUCAAGUUCAUUGAUUUUCUGAAAGGUUGGCUCCUUGAAUGCAGAAUCCUAUAAAUAUUAAGUGUAUACUUCAAUCUAAAUAGAUUAUCUUGAAUUACCAAGUAAAGAGAAAAAUGAUUAAAAAUAAAUUAAGAGUGAAAUAAAACAUUAUUUCAAGAAAAAAAAUUGUAGUUUUUAUAUUAACUUUAGGAGUUUAUGAAAGGCUAAAGUCUGUUAUAUGCAGCUUCUUUGUCUACAUUUUUAUAAAUCAUGUAAUGCACUUUUAAGUCAAGUGGACAACUGAUAAUAUAGGCUACAUCUAGUCACAGUAUUUUAUAAGUAUAAUCUAGUCACAGUAUUUUAUAAGUAUAAGCAGAUGGACUUUGGGCCUUGUGACUAAUUGAAUAAUACUUUGAGCUAUUUCAAUUACACAACUUUUAUGCUGAACAGAUCAACUAUUAUAUAUUUUCAAACUAUGUUAUUUGUGUUGUUAGGU